GGUGCCAGGAAGAGAAGAGCAAGAACAACAAUAACCAGCCCCACCAUUUAAAGGUCAGCUGCUUGGCAGAAAGGGCGGCUUCUAUGGGGGGAAAGAAGACUAGGGGAGAGAAGGAUUUGAAACUUAAACAUGGCGAAAAAACACAAGAAAUCCAGCAAAAAGGACAAUGCUUCAGAUUCCAAGAAUCACGAAGAUCCAAAAAUUGGGAGUAAUCAUGUUAAAGAUCAUCCAAGUCAAAGGUUGGAUAAUGCUACAAGAUGCACAAAAGCUAAAAACAGUCUCAGUUUUAUAGAAGCUACUACUAAAGAUCUUCAGAAAAAUAUUUCAAAAGAAACACAACACAUUGGUGGUACUUUAAUGUCUCCUGAGCAGCGUGAAAAGAUCACUAUACGUUUUAAAAAGAAAGCAGACCAUGGUGGGAAAAGAAGUAAUACAGAUUUGGUGGCAGCUUCCUUUAGCAAGGAAGAUUCUGACAGAGAUGUAUACAGUGAACCUGAUGUAAAAAGAAAGAGACAGGAAUCACAUGAUUUAAGGAUCCUGAACACCAGAAAGAAAAAGAUAAAGGACAAAGCAGAGCACUCCAGUGUAAAAAAUAUAAUUGUGAGAAGUAUGCUACCUAAAGAGUGUUCUUUCCUUCCUAAGAAGAAAUCUUUGAAACUGGAUGAAUUCAGCAUAAAGCAGAACAGUUCAAAAGAGCCAUAUCUCCCCACCUCAGCUGUAAAUUUAUCAGGUCCUAAAUUGCACAUGCAGGCUUGCAGAGAAGAGACUCUUGAAAAGUCCAAGCGUACAUCAUUACAACAUCCUAGCAAUAAGGAUGAGAUGAGAUACAAACCUUUACGUCCUGUGAUGGAUCAAUCCAAUUUUUUGAAAUAUAAAGAGAAAAAACAAUUGUGCAACGACUCCACCAAUAAUGUUUGUCAUUUGAGGACCCAAAGGAGUAAAUAUGAGCCUGUAGCAUUUCAGGCAAAUCAGAGCUCUGAGACAUCAUGUCACCCCUUUUCUGCAUUUGAAGCCACUGAAAAUACUGAUCCAGACCAAGAAAUGCGAAUUGUAGAAGUCCUGCAUGCAGCUCGCAUUGGCCAAAAAAUGGCUUUGCCUGUGGUGCAGACAUGUGGAGAGCUGACCAGCAUGGACAUUGAUCUCCCAGAUGAUGAAUCAAAUAAGUUUGCUAAAAGUGUUGCUGGCUUGAAUACUCUGAUUGUGGUUGAUACUAAUAUAAUGAUCCGCCAUCUGGAGUUCAUCAAGUCUUUGAAGAAUAGUGUUAUUCCAGGUAUAGGCAACUUUGUGCUUGUAAUUCCCUGGGUGGUUUUGCAAGAACUGGACAACUUGAAGAGAGGGAAGAUGUUGGCAAAUGUUGGACAAAAAGCAAUUCCUGCAGUUAACUUCAUCUAUAUGUGCCUAAAAAAACAAGAUCCAAAAUUAUGGGGACAGUCUAUGCAACUUGCUUCCCAGAAAACACAUGAUUUCAUUGUUGAGAACAAUGAUGAUCGUGUAUUGCAGUGCUGCUUGCAGUACAAGAACCUCUUUCCUCAAGUUGAAAUUGUACUGUUGACGGAUGAUAAAAACUUGUGCAACAAGGCCUUGGUGAGUGAAAUAAAGGCAUGUAGUAAAAUAGACUUGGUUACUGCACUCCAGAAAUUGGUUCCAAAGAAUGUUGUCAUAACUCAAGAUGCUUCCAUUUGCCAAUCACUAUUGGGAAAAGAUACUAGUUGUCAUAAAGUGGAGGCCAGUUCUACAGAUGAUCUUUCAGUAAUUAUUCUUGACACAAAGAAGUGCUUGGGGAAAGUUUUAUCUUCUAUAUUGGAAACAGAACUGAAGAUUGCUUAUGGAGAGCUGUGGACAGAGGUAGUGUAUCAUAAUCCCCCAUGGACAUUAGACAAUGUGUUGGACUGUUACAAAAAGCACUGGAUGGCUGUUUUUGGAAUGGUGAUACCAAGGAGCUUUUUCUCAACCAUUGAAUAUCUCUAUGAACAUCUCUGUAAAGCUGAAAUAAUUCAAGGCUCAACAAUAACAUUUGUGCUCCAGGAAUCUAAAAUGCUAUUGGAGACAUUCUCCUCAAGGUCAAAUUAUGAUGGUGUCCUUUCACAGGCCAUAACUGAAGUAGAUAAGCUGCUUGAGACUCUAAAGAAGCAAGGAACUGAACCAGAUACUUCAGGUGUCCUCAAAUCUACUUCAGGAGAAACUGCUUGUGAAAAAAUGGAAGAUGUGGCUUUUAUCCAAAAUACUCAGACAGUAGAUAAAUCAUUAUCAUCUAAGCCUUUAGCUAAAGGAAACAGGCAUAUGGAAAUCUGGUCCGUCCUUCAAAUAUUGUGGGACAGAAUUAAUGGAUUCAGUCUUCAAGUCUUCCAGAAGCUGGACCUCAGUUCAGUAACCACUACUGAGAAAAUGGCCUCAUUUAAAGAAGCAUUUGUGGAUCUGCAGAAGUUAAUGUCCGGAGUAAAUGAAAUCCUUUCAGGAAUCCAGAAAGUUUUAUUGCCAAACAGUAGCUUUCAAGACAUAUGGACCCUAUAUAACUUCUUGAUUAAUGCAGAGGUAAAUAACGACACUAAAUUUACUGCAGAGGAACUUUAUGAAUGCAUUUCCCAAAAGGUGUACAGGGAUCGUUUGUCAAUUGGAUGGGGCCAACUAGUUCAGCUGGAACAUACGAUCAAACAGUGCUAUGAAUCUGUCUGUUUGGAAAUCAAGAACCGGGGAUGGCUCUAGUUGUGAAGUCAGCUGAAGCUUUUAAAGGAAAAGUGGCUUUCUUUUCAGUGGACACAACAAUCUUGUGGUCUAGCCCAAAAUGGCCACCAUCAUACUAGAGCUUAAUCUUCUGCAACUAACCAGCAUUCUUUACUCUCUUGGGAGCCUGUGUUUAAAGACCAAAUGCCACUUUACAUCAUAUACAUAAUUUGCCCUUACUGUGUGUAUGUAUGUAUGUAUAUUUAAACAGUAUCUGCCAGGUUGAAAGGCAGUUCAGGCUUGGGCUCAUGGAAAUAGGGGGAGAGCUUUAAAAAAUCUCUGAUGCUUAUUUGUGGCAAUGACCCCCACGCCCAAUGUAAAGAACAGCUUGGGUGGGGCAUUAUUAGUUCCAGUCAUUAUGUGUGUGUGUGGGGGGGGGGUCAGUAGUUAAAACUACUCCCUACAAUACUGAUUCUCCCACCUCCCAUGGCUCCUAUUUUACAGAGAGAAAAAUAAGCAACCAUGCAAGGCCAAAACUAUGAUUUGAAAAUAAUGUGAAGUUUCCCAAAUGUACAACAGUAGUUGCAGAAGAGAGGUUUAGCGAAGCAGUGAUGAUGGCUACUUUGGGCAACACAGUUCUGUAGUUCACCAGUCGUAACUUCUUUUUUUCACAAUACUCCCAUAUUGCUGAGGUAGGUAAGGCACCUUAAAAGCAUCUUGUAAUGUGUUAUGCGCUCUCUCUCAAACAGAAGUCACGAUAAUUUACAGUACUCAUGUUAAUACAUCAAAUAGUGACUGGUUUAGGCAAGAAGGAGGCUGUGCGUACAGGCAGGAGUGUAACAUCUCUGGCAUGCCUUUCCCUCCAGAAGAAUGCAAGGGCCACCAAGAAGGGAGGGUUGGGAUGCUAUUUCAGUCACAAUUGUAGUCCCACAGGAAGGUGGUGUGCAUGAAGACCCAUGUUCAAGUCCCACUGAAUAAUAUGGCAGGAGCAAAAUGUCAUUCAAAUUAAUUCUUACUUCUUUAGAAUGUGAAGAGGGAUUCUGCCAAGGAGAAAAUAAGGGUUAGAAUCCCAACUCAGAAAGGAAUCCCUUUGAAAGACUCUGUAAGGCAAAUGCUACUUUGGAGAGUCAGCAUUACAAGAGACAAUGAGAAAUUACUUCUCCCACAUGAAGCAGAAUGAUUAGCUUAUGAGGCUUUGUGAACCAUGUUGCACCUUUUCCUAUCCCACCCCUAUUUUCUUUGCCUUACACUGGUCUAGCCAUGAAAGUCCAAGACUUGAGGCAACUUUGUCAGUGUACUGUAACUGUGUUUCCUGGUGGGAGAAAAGGUGUGCCUUGAGGUGAAAGCUGAAGUAGUGCUACUGGUGUCUGUGCCAGCAAAGGAUUUUUAUGGUUGUACUCCGAUUUUAAUUUUACAGUUGCUGUUAAAUGAAACACAAUUCUGGUGUAUUGAUUUAUAAUUAAAGCUGUAACAUGAAAUUAACCUGCAAACCGAUCUAUGCAAGGCAACAUUAACUGAAGGAUACAUAUAUACUAUACACAUUCAUUUCAAAAACUCAUGAAUUCUGAGCAUAUGCACAGUAUUAUAUUAAUCUUCUAUCUUCAGAAGAAAUGAGACAUUUGUAUUGUAUAGGCAUGUCUGUUGAUUUAUACGAGCGGAAUUGUUGCCUGUUUUUAAGGCUACUUUUAAACUUGCCUUUCAGGAGGGUAAAGAAAAUGGGAAUAUUGUUCAAUUAAUUUGUAUGUCUGUAAACAGCUUUUGUGUUUUUUAUAAUAUAAAAACAAUAAGAAUUUC